AUGGGUAUCGCGACAGAUCUCUCUUUUCGGCUCGAGUCUCUCGAGGUUGACGAGCCGUGGAUUGUGGAAAAGAUGAAUUUCGAAGCACUCGUGGAGUAUCUCCAACCAUCCAGCACGACAUCGCCUACUGCGGCUGCCCAGAGAAUUGACAACCUGAUUCCAAUGAAAAGAACCUUUAUAGGCACCAGCUUUGGAAUGAAGGAGGAGCCAGAGGGUCACAUGUGGAAAAUUUGGGGUCUCUUUAUCGCUAUAUCCAAGCAAGUCCCCCAUGACCAUCCGUCUAUGGGUCGCUUGGUUGCGUUGGUUUAUGCACUUGCCGAGCUACCUCCCACUACUGAAGAUCUGGACUAUACUGAUAUUUGGACUGACCUCCCAAUGCUGGGCCCGAGUUAUGCAGAAGCCUGGAUUGGCCCCGAAUGUUAUCGCGACAAGCUAACCCCUAAAAUAAAAGCGGAAUGGGUCAACUUCAACUCCUUUGCUGCACGUCUAUUAAACCAUGAUAUGGUAUCUGUUAGGGGUUUAACUCAAGUUGUCUUAACCUAA